ACUUACGUUGUCUACCUGCCUUUUCUGCCCCAGUCUAGAGAAGGGAGGCUCCAGAGGUUGAGGGGAAGGACUCGGUAGUCUAUGGCAUCCUUUACUUCCGUCUGGAACCUCUUCUGCCAGAAACCACCCUCCUCUGACCACUCACUUCCUUCCUGAGCCAAAGGCGGAGCCAGAGAAACUAUCAGAGCCUGAGUAAGCGGUUGUUCUCCUGCCUCCUUCCCUCGGGGAGUCCUCUACCUGUCUCAUGUCAGCCACCACAUACACUUGUCUACACAGGAAAAGCCACCUGACUACAGGAUGGCUGUUCCAUGAUACCUGAUCCGGACCGAGGCUUCCCCUGUCCCAUCAGUGUGCUGCCUCCCCUAGAUCAGCUUCGAGCUCAAGUCAAACGGCAUCAACCACCUCACCUUCAUUUCCCUGCUCCCAAAGCGGGAGACUUCAACCGGAUGGCUGGUGAGUAAAUCAACUGUUUUAGGAUUUGACUUCUUUUUCAAGGUAAGGGUUGGGUAUGGGCUCCUUCUUUAUUAUCCAGAUAUAGUUUUCCUAUCUGGGGGGCCUCCUGGAUAGAAAUCUCAGGGAAGCUGGGGAGUAAGAACUCAAAGGCCCAAUAGAGUCAGGACUCUACCAGUGCUCCCACCCCAAAACUCUGGACUAGCAGUCAGAAAGAUCUGCUUUCUAGUUCUGACUUUGCCACUAAUUUACUGUGUGACUAUUUGGAUUUCUGUUUCCCUGUUUAUAAAAUAAAGGAUUUGGAUUAGAUGAUCUCUAGCCUCACAACUACUUCCUCCAAAGUUAAAUCCUGUAAUUCUAUGAACUCUACAGGAAGAAAGAGAAGUGUAUUAUAAUAAAGACUUCAUACCUACUGGAAAAAAAGGUUGCCCAAAUUAUCCAACCAGUUUCUUUUCUAAAUUUUUUUUCCUGGUUCUAUAAUGCCCAGGGCACAGAAACCUGUCUUCUUCCAUUGCAAUGCUUGCCCCAACUAUCCUCAUUCCCCACUGAAAAGAAAGGAAGGCUCAGGGAAGCCCCAGAUUCCGACACUUCGAAACUCCUAUGGCCUUGCUGGGUUGUGUCUAGCUAAACCUAGCUGCUGCCUUCUCUCAUUUCUGUUUCUUCCUUUCCCAGUGAUGACCCAAGCUUUCCUGAGACCAAACAAAAGCCAGAUCUGUCCUUCCCUUUGUUCCAUCCUUUUAAUGCAAAUACUCCCUCUUGCACUGUCAGGAUUACCCUCGUUCUGCUCUCUCGAUCUCUCAGGCUGGUUCCGGCAGAUCCUGCGUAAACCCAAGAAACGCCACAUGCAGUCAGAAAGCAGCACUAGAGAUGUCUCAGAGCUACCCUCCCAAAGCAGUUCUCUACCUCCACGUCAGGACUCUGCCAGUGCUCCAACCCCAAAACCAGCAGACACAGACAGCAGGAGCAGUGGCUCUCGCUGGAGCAAGACUUAUGACGUCUGUGUGUGCCACAGCGAGGAAGACCUGAUACCUGCCCAGGAGCUGGUCUCCUAUCUAGAGGAUGAGCCCGAUGGACUUCGAUGCUUCAUGCAUCUUCGAGAUGCAGCCCCAGGCGGUGCCAUCGUGUCAGAACUGUGCCAGGCUCUGGGCAGCAGCCACUGCUGUGUGUUAUUUAUCACUCCCCACUUCCUUCAGGACCCCUGGUGCAAGUACCAAAUGUUACAAGCAUUAAGUGAGGCCCCUGGGUCUGAGGGCCACACCAUACCCUUGGUGACUGGCCUGGCCCGAAGCAAUUACCCCCCAGAGCUCCGAUUCAUGUACUAUGUGGAUGGCAAUGGUCCCGACAAUGGAUUUCCAAAGGUCAAGAACACAGUCUGGCGUUGUAAGCGUGGGGGUGGGGGAGGUGGGACACAAAAGGCCUUUGAUCUACCUGAAAAGUUACUCUGGUUUCUUUUAGAUAGGGAUGGAGACUUCCUUGGGAAGGGACCAGGGAGGGCCCCCAAGGGUGAAGGACAAAGGUACAGAAGGGAAGGGGAGGAAUGCAAUAUUACCUUGAGUCUGGGAACAGAUUUGGGAACAGAGAAAGGAAGUGACAGUGACCAACUUGGAGAGAGGGACCUCAUUUGCAAAGAAACUGAGUCCCAUGACUCUCCUCGGUCUUUUCCAGAUCUGCAAAAAUUUAGCUGAGAUGUAUACCCCAUCUCAUCACCGUGGAGCCCAAGAUGUUGGAGCAAGACUGGAAUUGGAGCUAGAGGGGACACUGAGGGUCUCCAAAAAGGUGUGGUGGAGAACCAGACAGGUGCUCUCAGGAUUCGUGGUCUCAAGACAUUUCUAUUCUGCCUCUGAGAUAGCCCACAGCUGGCUUCUCCAGUACUUGGUAUUUCCCUUCCUAAGUACCCAGAUAUGUCCAUGGGAAAAUUCAGGAUCAGAGGAAUUCCAGAUUGCUGCCAUGCCACUUUCUUAGGAUGUUUGUUAGGUAGGAUGAAUAUGUGAUUUUGGUUUCUGUCCAGAAGGGAGUCUUGCCUCUAGUUUUGCAGGACCUCUAUCCCAUUGCAAGGUCUUCCCCUUCAUGCACAGGCACAUUUGUGUCCCUGCCCAAGUAGAGUUACUGACUGACUUCAUUGGGAGGAUGCCAGAAAACACUAAGAGAGUCUGUAGACUAAGGAACUCUGGUCAAUUGGAGGAAAUUCAGCUGAUGCCAACUCUUCCCCACAUGUGCCUCUCCUAUUCUCCUCUACCUUCUCCAACCUGCUUCAUAAAGCUCUUUAUAUAGAAGAAUCCUGUACAUGAUUUUAUUUUAUGGGAUGUAUGUCAGGACUUUAGUGUGAUUGUCAGUCAGUCAAUAAUCAUUUAUUAGACAUAUAAUGCUCAGCAUUGUGCCAAGCACUGGGGACACAAAGAAAAGUGAAAAAACAGUGCCAUCCCUCUAGGAGCUGACAAUCUAAUGUGAGGAAAUUAUAUAGAUAUCAUAUAAAGAAAAUUAUAAAGAAAUUAAAUAUCUUAACAUAGAAAUCAUUUUAAGUAGAAAAAGAGAAGGGUUAGGGUUGUGAGUAAAAAGGACAUAUAGAGAGAAAUUUCCAGGGCCUAUCCUCAGUAUCCAGAAUUACAAACAAUUUGAUCAUCCAUACUCAAGAAACCUAGGCAACUUUGAUAGGAUACCAGCAAAGCUUACAGUGAUUAAUGACAACCUAGGAGAUGCAGCUAUUAUAAGGGACCCCCAGAUCCAUACUGCAUCAAAUAUUGUCUUUUAAAAAAUCUUUAUUUAGCUCCAACAAAAAAGGACUAGGAAGUUUUUUUAAGUUAAAAAAAAGUUCCUAUAUAUGAAGAAAUGGCAAUCCUUUGUCUUAGAAAGAAAUUUGACUUUCAGAGUGUAAUCUCAGGUUGUGGAGUUGAAAGGACUGUCAAUUUUCACAGAAUUUAAUCUGCUUUCUACUGCACCCCAUCACUAUAACUGCCCUCCUAUUUUUGCCUUGAUUGUUUGCCUUCUUUCUCUUUCCCCCUACCAUAAUUCCAGAUUAUUCUUUACAUGAAAGAGAUUUGAGUGGAAUAAGCUAUAGACUUUUGGCUAUCUUCAUUAAAAGAAGAAAUUUUUAUAACAGAAAAGCCUAUUGAAAUCAUAGGUCUAGACCCCCUAAAAAUGCCUUAGCCCUUAUUCAGGGAUUAAUAAAAUAUUUUUUGAGUUGAUCUGAAUUACUCUCAAAACUUUUAUAGAUACAAUAAUAAUGCUCUUUAAAGGAAUAAAGAAUGAAUUAAA